CUCUAGAAAAUCCGAGGACGAUAUACAGAGAUAAAUUUCCACGGGGUACAACGAAAAGGGCCAAGCUCUUGCAACCGCGAGCUUGGACCCUGCUGAGUUACGCCCUUGUGGCUGGCAACGUUUGACGAACGUGUGUACAGUACAGAAACAUGCGUAUAGUACAAGCUGUAUAAUGCAGAGCAAUCUUGGCUCGAACGAGGGAGAGAGAAAGAGGAAAAGAGCGAGAGGGAGAGAGAAAAGGAUCGUUGCUCUUGUCUGAGCCACACGGUCAGUAACCCCUUGGGCAGAACCGCGGCUUAUUGCCCGAGACCUUCUUUCGAUUUAGACGACGACGACGACGACAACGAGCGACUCGAGGAGAGCGCAUAAAUAUGCUUAAGGAGAAAGGAAUUAAAAAAUGAUGGUUAAGCAUCGAGCUGAUUGGGAGUUACGAAAGUCGCGCACGAAUAGUUCGUCAGGGAAGCCUGACUACUGAUUGGAUUCUGGAAUACUUGGACGUAGAUCCACAAACUGUAAUCGGGCACGAGCUUAUAGACAUUGAACUACCGAAACAUAUGCAAAAGCGAUCUAUCAACUCAUCCAACAAAUUCGGAGGAGGAGGGCACAUGAGAAUUCGAGCUUUCGAUAAAGAUAUAAAUAUGUGGCUUGAUCCUCGAGAUUCUUUGUUUGCCUCCGUAGACACACCCGUCUACUUAGCGUACAGAAACUAUUCAAUGACCGGGAACGUCGCGUAUGUUCUUCAAGACGGCAUGAUGACUAAAGUUGGACAACUCUAUGAAAACCCUGAACAUUUGGCUUCGUUGGUCAUCAGGUCGGACGGAAAAACUAACGAGACCAUAGUUACUGGCAAUAUCGUAUCGCGAGAAAACAAUGCAACUAUUGUCAUCAAACCUUUACCAUCUAGCAUCGUUGAAAAACGUUUGAGAAAGCGUCGCUCGAUCGAUGGAAACGACGACAGUAGUGAUUUCGAUUCGAAACGACACGUUGCAUUGAUGAUCAAAGAUUACUUCCCCAAUGAUUACAUCAACGAGGGUCAUGAGAAGAUCGAUAUCCAGGGAGACUCUAUACGAAAGCUACGUUCCAUCGACGACAGCGAAAUGGUUGACUACACCGGUUCCAUCUAUCCGAAAAUAUUCUUACAGUUUGAUAACACUUAUACCAAACACAUACGGUUUUCGUCUUUGGAUUCAAAAGAGGAGUCCAAACUGUUGAGCUUACUGGAAUACGUUCUCGCCUUUUGGAAUGGCGUGGAUCUGUCUUAUCGCCAUCUCGAAAAUCCGGGAAUCAGAAUACACAUAGCCGGAAUAGCCAUAGCGACGGAUUUGUGGGCAACCCCACCCAUCCAGAAAAACCACCUUGGAUUUUCCUUCGAUCAGGAUGACGCUCUCGAUGAUGCGACAACCUUUUUUUAUGCUAUUGACAACCAAAUUCCUUAUAGAACGUACGACGUUGCUAUCAUAAUGACUAAGCUGCGAUUUCGGUACUUUGGGCUCGGCACAUCGCUCUUCAGCGGUGCUUGCAAGGUUAAUACAACUGCGUCAACGAAGGACGGAGUGGCCCUGGUCCUUGAUAAUGGUGCAUUCCGCGGUAUCGACAUCGCCGUUCACGAACUUGCACACACUUUGGGUUUACACCACGAUAACGCGACCACCGACCCGGACUGCGACGACUACAUCAUGAGAGCUAGUCCCAACCCUACGAGGAAUUCGGCAACAUUUUCACGUUGCUCAUUAGCUCGGUUCAAUGAAAUUUUGGGGAAUGGUUCGCUGUCAUGCAUGUAUGAUCCACCGACACAAAGAAACUCGAAUUUACCCAAAGUGAUGCCUGGAAAAAUGAAAACGCUUGAUGAACAGUGUCAAGCUUACGGCUAUGCGGGCGCUUGCCCCACGUCUACGGACGACAUCUGCGUCAGAUUGAAUUGCAUCAGUAAAACUUUAAAUAAUUCUCAAGGCAAAACUGUAAAAGGCGUUUGCUAUCCACUUGAGCAUGGAGCAGCACCAGGAACACCCUGUGGAAAUGGUACCAACGAAAAGCCUCGAUUCUGUCUUCAAAAACAAUGCGUCAGCUUGGACUAGCUGCAUCCAUCGGACGAUUCACCGUGAGCGAACUCGAUCAUAUUACCAACAAUCUCGUCUAUUUUGUCAUGAGCCACGAUUUUCAAAAAUACCAACUCGUCAAAGCUGCGAGUUUUUACUUUGAACGAAUAUGUAAUCCACGAUGAUAUGAUGAUUAAAAACCUUCGGAGCACGAGACACUUUCAAUUUUUCUGUUAAUUAGCCAAAGAAAAUUUGGAAAAAUCAUAAGAACCGGAUGGAUUUGUGGAUACAAUUUGUAAAAAUUUUUAAUCAAAUUAUUCGAAGUGACAUAAGGUUGAAAAUUCAACUCGAACAUCAUACUUUUUUUUCAUUUCAUCAGCAUUAUUCGACAAAAAUUCAACAUUUCAUUUUAACCCAACAACACCUGAUCGAUCUUUCAAUAAAUCACGAGCUCAUGAGAGAACGAGGAGGGGCAUUCGUUCAAAGUUUAUUUCUACCUUUUGUUAAAAGUUGUAAAAUAAUCGUCGAUUGAGCCCUUUAUUUCGGAUAAUACAACAUGAAAUAACAAAUAGUUCAUUUUUAUUGUAAAAGAGUACUCGCCAUCUGCGCCAACGUGUCAAAUAUAUUUCAAUAGGCAUUGAAACACAUUCGAGCAUGUUUACGAUCCAAAUCCUUAUCGAGUUCACCGACUCGAGCAAACCAUUCGCGUGGCACGAAAGAUUCAAAUGAAGCCAU